UUCCAUGGAGACCGGUUGGUUUGCUUCUUCUUCCUGCGUGCUGAGGAUAGCUUUCCCCUGGAUCAGCUGAAAGAAAGCGCUAGAAGUCUCACGCAUGGUCUCACACGAAGUUAUUCAUGGUAGGCGCAAGAGGGCUCCGUUCACCAGAGCCGAAAGUAUGGCUAUUCGGGAUUAUAUUGUGAAGUAUAAUCUUCAACAUCUCGUCAACAGACGCUCAACAUGGCGAUCGAUGGAACUCGCUCACAUCACCAACCAUUCAGCCGAGGCGAUGCGCAAUCAUUAUCGUCAUGUGCUUGCCCCACUGUUUUCGGAUAUCCGUCCGACAAAUCGCGUUCGUCACAAGACCAGAAAGCAAUCUUUCACCGAACAAGACGAUGAAGCGAUCGUGAAUUAUAUCAACAAAUACAAUCUACACGAUUUCCUAGGUUGUCGAACUGUAUGGGCUGUAAUGCAGCGUGAUUUGCAUCUGAGCCAUUCUGCCGAGUCUCUGCGUAGCCGUUUCCGUCGUUGCUUGCAGACAAAACUGUCGCAUACGGCUCCUAAUGAACCACGAACCAAUCCUCCUUAUCGAACUACCAUCGAACUCGCCAAUCACGACCGCAUGUUCGAAGACAGUUUCUCCAUUGUGGGUGAAAGCACUUUUGGUUCUGGAAGCCCGAACAUUUCCUCAUCAUCUCGAAUUCCUUUGAGCAUAGAUGUUCGGGUGAAACCAUCCUCCUCCACUGGACACAACUGUUUUUCAAGAACAGUUGAACAUGAAGUCAGUUCUGCAGGAAGUCCAACGGAGUUUACUCCAUCCUCCCCGUCAUCUUCCAAUGAGCGGCUUCACUUACAAACGCCUGCAAUUCUCGCGUCCCUCUCUCACCUAGCCGCAAGCAAUCAUCAUUCCUCCGCCUUUUAUGUCACAGCUCUGCUCAAAUCGUGCACCCUGCUUACCAACCAUUUACAGCCCCAUCUGCUAGUUAGUAUGACAAACGGAUCCUUAUCUGAGGCUGUCACUUUCCUGCAGACUGGUCAACGCUACCCCAGUGUUCCUUCCCACCCAAGUCCACCUCUAUGGACUCCAGAGGAUGAUGAGCAAUUGAAUUCUUGCGAAAUCACCCUACUUCACCAAGUGCUUCGGAAAUUCGGGUCGAUGGAAACAUGUCGCCGUAUUUCUUACUUGGCCUCUUAA